GCACCAAAAACAGUUGCUUUGGGCCAGAGCCGAGGCAGAAAGAAAACCCGACGCAGAGCAAUGAAAGAGUCGCCGCGGAUCGACGCAGCCGCCGCCGGCGCCGGCACUGAUCGAAUAUCUGAUCUUCCUUCUAAAGUAAUCCACAUUAUUCUUGACCGCCUCAACUCUGCAAUUCAGGCGGCGAGAACCAGCGCAUUGUCCAGAAGCUGGCUCCAAUUCUGGCGCUCGUACCCGGUGCUGGAAUUUCGCCACGAGGACUUCGCCGAUCGUCGGUGUGAUCUUGGGGAAAAGUUCAGCAGCUUCGCCGCCGCCUGGUCGAGGAGGCUUUCGGACCAUGACAACUACGGGAUGCCGUUGGACGUGUUCAGGAUCUCAUCGCCGCCCAAUCGCGAUUUCGCCGGCGAGGAACUCACCGCGCUGCUGGCGUCGGCAGCGGCGCUGGCCGUGAAUCACACCCUAUCUCCCGUAGAGAUUGUAGUUGAAACGGACGGUUUCCAUGAUUUCCCUGAGGGAUUGCUUUCGAAUUGCAGUCGCACCGAGGUUCUGAAGCUGAGAGGUUGCAGAUUGGAUGAUGAUGAUGAUGGAUUCCGAAACCGCUCAGUUUCCUUCGACAGUCUUAGGGUUCUCCAUCUCCAGAACGUCAAGGUCGACGAAAGCGUCCUUCGCAGGUUCGUUGCCAAUGCCCCUCGUCUGGAAUCACUGCGUUUGGAGUCCCUCGUUGAAUUGGAAAGGCUGGAGAUCUCCGCCGACGGUAAUUUUCCAAACUUGAAAACCCUAAUCAUUGAGCAGCCGCAUUCCCUGAUUGAACUAAAGAUAGCUGCUGCCCCACAGCUAGAGACUGUGGACAUUAAACAUACAGGGCAAUGUAAGCUGAAAGUAGUAUCUUCAUCUUCAGCCCCUAGUCUCAAAGUGUUAGAAUUUAGUGACUCUAAGGGAUUGACAGGGUCUGAUCUUGAUGAGUUAAUUUCCAAGUUACCAUCUUUGGAGUCUCUGCAUUUUGUGAUCAAGGAUCCCAGCAGCAUCAGCUACAGAAUGGAUAGGAUAAGGAUUUCGAGUGAUAAGCUUCAGCAUUUCAGGAUCGACGAUUUCCACCCAAUCGAGGCAUUGAAGGAGCUUGAGAUUGAUGCUCCCAAUCUGGUUAAUCUCUACUACUCCAGAUGUGGCUCGGGGCUGCGAGGCAAAAUCAAUGUCCUUAAUGUGGCAUCGAAUUGCCAAUGCUUAGUUGAAGUGUUUGACAUUGAUUUUCGUCUGCCCAUAACAUACGAAUGGUUUCUUGGAUUGAGGCAGUUUCUUACGGGAUUAAGUAAACUCCACACGGUCUUGAAGUUGGAUGGAGCUGGGUUCUUUAAGCAGGUGUCGUUCGACUUGAGCCAAGCUGAUUGCACUUACCCUCCUCCGGUUGUUCAACAUAUGCAAUUUGGGGAGAAUUCGGCAUACCAGGAUGGCCUGAAGGCGUGUGAUAACAUUCUUGAUGGCCUGUUCUGGGCUUGCCGUCCUAAGUUCGUGGGCAUAACUCAACGCCUUCCAAAACAACUGAAGUACAGCUUCUUAUUUUCAGAGUACAUCUGCGGGAAGCUUAUGAAUGUCGAUCCUGGUAGCUGCUGCGGCAAUGGUACUUGUUGGCGACAUCAGUUGAAAGAUGUGAAGAUAAUGAAUGGUGUUUACGGGACUAGUGCUGGGAUGAUGGAGAUUUCAGAAGAUGUAUUCUUUUCCCUUGUGGAGCGUAAAGAAGUCCGGUAUAUGUUCACAUGGUAAUGGUGAUAUGUGAUUAUAGAGUAGUUUGCCUGACUAUAUAAACUUUUAGGUAGAUUUCAGAGUACUGUAAUUCUGUAACUAUAUCUGCUACAUUUUAGCUUGUGAAAAUGACUGCUUCAAGCGAAUUGCACCCGCUCGGGUUUUCUUGUUUUUCAAGCAAGAUGGCCGAAACUUAUCAUCAGAAGCUUUGACAAGAAAUUGAUUUGCAAGCGAUUCUGUUUACACAUUCACUAUUUCACCAUAUAAAUGUUGUAAGCCAUUAUCUUGAGAUUUCUGAUUGAAUCAACAACAUAAACAAAGAAAAAGAAAGUAGCACUGGGUGCGUAUAAGUUUGUGAG